CUUUACUCUUCUUGGAUAAAGUUUCUCUCUCUCUCUCUCUCUCUGGUGAAGCUGGUUUGUGAAGGGUUUUCGUCAUGUUUAAGCGCCAUCAGGGUAGAAGAAGUGAGACGGACCUUCGACUUCGGCGAAGUCUUGAUGUCACUAGAAAAACCGCGCACGCUCGCUCUAGCGAGCAGAUAAAUCGCCGACCAUCUUCUCCAUUGGUGCUAGAGCCGGUUCCGAAUAUUCCGUCUGGGUUGGUUUCAAAGUCUGGCCCUCGCUUUAGCAUGUUGCGGUUUAGACAUGCUUCAGAUUCUGCUAUUGGCGGUAAGGCUCCAGCAGAAACACCUCCUCCAUUACCAACCACCAACAAGACGCCUGUGACGCCUGCCAUUAUUACUACCGCCCCUACUGUUGACUUUGGGAACCCCGCCCCUCCCAAACGAUCCGGAACAAUACGUCUCUGGCGACAAAAAUCUUCGGAAAAACAGCCAGCUUCUGGCGCUACGGUACCCGCGCCUUCAGCCGAAAAGCCUCCCAGACGCAGUUCAUUUUCUACGAGGAGGAGGAGGAAGGAAGGGAGCAAUAGUGUGAGUGGUGCCAAUUCUAGCAUGCGUGUCAGCAGAGUUACUUUCGACGAACCAGGGCGACCGCCUACAGGCACAACUCCCAAUUCGAGCGCUUUUGACCUACCACCAUACGGUGACCAAAAUUCCUCUCUCCCGAUUCCUGCCCCGCGGCUCUCAGACUCGUCACGCUCCACAGCUAGCUCUGGUGAGCACUACGUUACAACGACCACAACCCAAACUACUACGACUACUACUACUUUCUUUAGGCUCCCUAGACGGAAAAAGAAGGAGACGUCACUAUUUCCGUUACCGAUUAGGGUACCGCCGUCGGAAGGUCGACCUUCAAUAUCCGAAUCUGAACUUACUCCUCAGGGUCGGAAAUCUAUCAGCUCUUCAUCCAAGAUAACGCCUCAAGGUCUCCCCUUCGAAACCUCCCAGGUCGCGCGAUGGAGAGAAUACUGGCACGUCUAUGAUGCUGGCAGGAUUGGGCAUUGCUGGACCGGCGGCUCCGAUUCUUCGUUCCAACUCGAUAGCUUCCACCCAUUCCACUCGCUCUAG